UAGCCACGUGAUCACGUUUGAUGACCUUGAGUGGUCUCAAAAUGGAGUCUGACAGAGGAAAUCGAAGAGGCCAAAGAGGGAGACGUGGUGGCGAAGAGGACAGAGAUGUCAGGUUGUCUAAAUCGAUGUCCUAUGCUCUUCGCCACGGUGCUACCCAAAUGGGGCUACAUUUAAGUUCAGAUGGCUACGUGUUUGUGGAGGAUGUCUUGGCUUGCCCGCAGUUUCGCUCAUACAAACUGGAGGAUGUUGAGAGAGUGGUGGCCACAAAUGACAAGCAGCGUUUUAAACUUCGUCCUCACCCAGAAAAUGGCCGCUUGCAAAUUCGAGCCAAUCAGGGACACACAAUACAGGUAACGGAUCUGGAGCUGAAACCUGUUUUGACCGGUUCUCCCGACUGUCCUGCCGAGGCUGUUCACGGGUCCUACAUGCGCAACUGGAGCUCCAUCCAGGAGCAGGGUUUGAGUCGCAUGAGGAGGACGCACAUUCAUCUGGCCCCAGGCUUGCCACAAGAAGACGGCGUAAUAAGCGGUAUGAGGAAAGACUGUGAUCUCGCUAUAUUUAUUGAUGUACCCAAGGCGCUUGCUGAUGGGAUUGAGUUCUUCUGGUCAGAGAACCGUGUGUUGUUGACAACAGGGAACAUCGAAGGGAAACUUCCUGCGACAUACUUUAGCCGAGCCAUACAACUCAGGCCUACGAGGUGGAUCCUGCCGCUGUGAUGCCAGCAGAAGACCGUUCAACAAGUGCAUCCGUUUUCUCUAUCGCUAAUCUGCAUUCGGAUCUCGGGUCUUCACCACGUCUCCCACACCCAGGUCGAUGCGGAUAAGACGGUUGGGAGCAAUGCCCAGUACCUCGUCUUUACGGCUUCCUUUGAACCUGUCCGACAAGAAAAACAAUUUAUUUCCUCCUCAUUCUGUCAAGUCCUCAUUGAUUUAAAAACUCUGGGAUGACAGUACUGCUUUCAUUUAAAUGAUUAAAAAGCUUGCAAACAAA